GCAACUGUUAGUAAAACAUCAUCAAUCAUCAUUUUGAAAUGUUAGCCAUCCAUAAUAAAUAUAAACUGAACUGAAAAAAUGGUUAGUGGAAAAGAGUUCAGGAACAACUUGACAAAACCUUUACCCAACGCCGUUAAAAAGCAAAAACAUGAAUCUGACUUGGAAGAAGGACAAGACAAGCAGCAGGAGUCAUCUUGUAGACAAGUGCCAGCUUUCACUAUACAAGCAUUUCAAAAAGGUACAUGUGUAAUUCCUCCUCCUAAAUGUAAUGCCUACAAAGAAGUAGCUCCUAAAGGAGCACAUAAAUUUCGCAUGAAUUACAAAAGAGGCAAUUUACCUAUAGCUUUAGAAGCUAAAGGAGCUAGAGUUUCUUGGAAAGCUGAUAUUAAUAAAUUGGAAUUCCACUAUUACCUUCCUAUGUUCUUUGAAGGUUUAUGUGAAACUGAAAACCCUUAUAAGCUGUUUGCUCAGCAAGGCAUUCAUGAUUUGCUUAAUUAUGGCGGUCAAAAGGUUUUCCCUUGCAUUCCGCAACUUAUCAUACCAAUAAAAGAUGCGCUCAAAACCAAAAACAAAGAAGUAAUGUGCUCCACCCUAAAAGUACUGCAGCAUCUCGUGAAAUCGGCCGAUCUGAUCGGCGAGGCCCUCGUACCUUACUACAGGCAAAUUUUGCCCACUUUGAACUUGUUCAAAGAGAAAAACGUCAAUUGCGGCGACGAAAUCGACUACAGCCAAAUGCGAGGAGAUAAUUUAGCCGAUAUUAUCAAUGACACUUUGGAAAUAUUGGAAAGAUACGGCGGUCCGGAUGCUUUUAUCAAUAUCAAAUAUCUGAUACCGACUUAUGAAUCUUGUAUGCUGAACUAGGAAAAAUAUAUUUCUAUUGUAUUAUUGUGUAUAA